GGAGCCGUGGCUUGGGAGGAGGUGGCGCAGGAGAGGUCGCUCCCCUCUCCAGACGCGGCCUCCGGCUUCCCUGAGCUCCGCGCGCUCCUCCCGCCCCCGGGCUCGCGCUCUCUGAAGGGGCGCGCCCGCGCGGACUCGCGCUCCCGGCUCCGCCCCCUCCCCCUCCCCUCGGCCGCCCCUCCCUCGGCCCGGACAGCCGGCGGCGGUGGCGGCGGCGGCCGGGAGAGGCCCCUCCUUCACGCCCUCCUUCUUUCCCUCACUCGCAGCGGAGCGGAGCCGGCGGACGCGGCUGGGCCCCUCACCCUCCCCGGGCCAUGGCCGGCAAUGUGAAAAAGAGCUCUGGGGCCGGGGGCGGCGGCGGCUCCGGAGGAUCGGGCUCGGGCGGCCUGAUCGGGCUCAUGAAGGACGCCUUCCAGCCGCACCACCACCACCACCACCUUAGCCCCCACCCGCCAGGGACUGUGGACAAGAAGAUGGUGGAGAAGUGCUGGAAGCUCAUGGACAAGGUGGUGCGGUUGUGUCAGAACCCAAAGCUGGCGCUAAAGAAUAGCCCACCUUAUAUCUUAGACCUGCUGCCAGAUACCUACCAGCAUCUCCGCACUAUCUUGUCAAGAUAUGAGGGGAAGAUGGAGACACUUGGAGAAAAUGAGUAUUUUAGGGUGUUCAUGGAGAAUUUGAUGAAGAAAACUAAGCAGACCAUAAGCCUCUUCAAAGAGGGGAAAGAAAGAAUGUAUGAGGAGAAUUCUCAGCCUAGGCGAAACCUAACCAAACUGUCCCUAAUCUUCAGCCACAUGCUGGCAGAACUGAAAGGAAUCUUUCCAAGUGGACUCUUUCAAGGAGACACAUUUCGGAUUACUAAAGCAGAUGCUGCAGAGUUUUGGAGGAAAGCUUUUGGGGAAAAGACAAUAGUCCCUUGGAAGAGCUUCAGACAGGCCCUUCAUGAAGUACAUCCCAUCAGCUCUGGGCUGGAGGCCAUGGCUUUGAAAUCCACUAUUGAUCUGACCUGCAAUGAUUAUAUUUCUGUUUUUGAAUUUGACAUCUUUACACGGCUCUUUCAGCCCUGGUCAUCUUUGCUCAGGAACUGGAAUAGUCUUGCUGUAACUCAUCCUGGUUACAUGGCUUUCCUGACAUACGAUGAGGUGAAAGCUCGGCUCCAGAAAUUCAUUCACAAACCUGGCAGUUACAUUUUUCGGCUAAGCUGUACUCGUCUGGGUCAGUGGGCCAUCGGGUAUGUCACUGCUGAUGGGAACAUUCUCCAGACAAUCCCUCACAAUAAACCUCUCUUCCAAGCACUGAUUGAUGGCUUCAGGGAAGGCUUCUAUUUGUUUCCUGAUGGACGGAAUCAGAAUCCUGACCUGACAGGCUUAUGUGAACCAACUCCACAAGACCACAUCAAAGUGACCCAGGAACAAUAUGAAUUAUACUGUGAGAUGGGCUCCACAUUCCAACUGUGUAAAAUAUGUGCUGAAAAUGAUAAAGAUGUGAAGAUUGAGCCCUGUGGACACCUCAUGUGCACAUCCUGUCUAACAUCUUGGCAGGAAUCAGAAGGCCAGGGCUGUCCUUUCUGCCGAUGUGAAAUUAAAGGUACUGAGCCCAUUGUGGUGGAUCCGUUUGAUCCUAGAGGAAGUGGCAGCCUGUUGAGGCAAGGAGCAGAGGGAGCUCCCUCCCCAAAUUAUGAUGAUGAUGAUGAUGAACGAGCUGAUGAUUCUCUCUUCAUGAUGAAGGAAUUGGCUUGUGCCAAGGUGGAGCGGCCUCCUUCUCCAUUCUCCAUGGCCCCACAAGCUUCCCUUCCCCCGGUGCCACCACGGCUUGACCUUCUGCAACAGCGAAUAUCUAUUCCUUCGAGUACUUCCGGUCUUGGAACUGCUUCUAAGGCUCCUUCUGGCUCCCUUCAUAAGGACAAACCAUUACCAAUACCUCCGACUCUUCGAGAUCUCCCACCACCACCCCCUCCAGACCGGCCGUAUUCUGGUGGAACAGAGACCCGGCCUCAAAGACGCCCCUUGCCUUGUACACCAGGAGACUGUCCAUCCAGAGACAAACUGCCCCCUGUCCCCUCUAGCCGUGUUGGAGAAGCAUCUUGGCUGCCUCGGCCAAUCCCCAAAGUACCAGUAGUUGCCCCAAACCCUGGCGACCCCUGGACAGGGAGAGAAUUAACCAACCGGCACUCACUUCCAUUUUCAUUGCCCUCACAAAUGGAACCCAGAACCGAUGUGCCUAGGCUUGGAAGCGCAUUCAGCCUGGAUACCUCUGUGAAUAUGAAUAGCAGCCCAUUAGCAGGUCCAGAGUGUGAGCAUCCCAAAAUCAAACCAUCCGCAUCUGCCAAUGCCAUUUAUUCUCUGGCUGCCAGACCGCUUCCUGUGCCAAAGCUGCCACCGGAGGAGAAGUGUGAAAGUGAAGAGGACACAGAGUAUAUGACUCCCUCCUCCAGGCCUGUGGGACUUCAAAAGCCAGAAGUGAAAUGGCCUUUGGAAACAACCCAGAGUUCACGAGCAAGUGAUUGUGACCUGCAGAUUGAUAGCUGUACAUAUGAAGCAAUGUAUAAUAUUCAUUCCCAGGCGGCACCAUCUGUCACAGAGAGUGGUACUUUUGGUGAAGGGAAUUUGGCCACAGCCCAUGCCAACACUGGCCCUGAGGAAUCCGAAAACGAAGAGGAUGGUUAUGAUGUGCCCAAGCCACCUGUGCCCGCGGUGCUGGCCCGCCGCACGCUCUCCGACAUCUCCAAUGCCAGCUCCUCCUUCGGGUGGCUGUCUCUGGAAGGUGAACCCACCACAAACUUUACUGAGGGUUCCCAAGUUCCUGAGAGGCCUCCUAAACCAUUCCCUCGGAGAAUCAACUCUGAACGAAAAGCUGGUAGCUGUCAGCAGAGCAGUGCCGCUGCCGCCGCCGCCUCACCGCAGCUAUCCAGUGAGAUCGAGAGCCUCAUGAGUCAGGGGUACUCCUACCAGGACAUUCAGAAGGCUUUGGUCAUUGCCCACAACAACAUUGAAAUGGCCAAAAAUAUCCUCCGGGAAUUUGUUUCCAUUUCCUCUCCUGCCCAUGUAGCCACCUAGCACACCCCGUCCCUGCCCAGUCAGAGGACCGAGGAGCCGUGAGCUCUUGCUCGAGUAGCACCUGAAAGGGCAGAGAGGUUCCUUUGGAGACUUCACAGUCUUGCCCUGUCUGUGGGGUGUCACAUCUGUGGUUCCAAAAUUUCAAAGCAGUGGAAUGAGAACGGAGCAGCUAGAAUAUUUUCUUAUUUUAUUUUAUUUGUUUUGAGAGUGCAUUUGAAGGUGUCCUUCGGUCCCCACUUAGAGUGUGGAUUUUUAUUAAGUGGUAGCCUACCUGGGGAACAAUCCAGAAAGCAGUAGGAGAAGUACUGUGCUGUAAAUCCUAAUUGAGGACUUCAGACUUUCCUGGGUUAAGGAUGUGGUGGUGUGUGUCUUGUCUGUCUGUCUGUGGUUGUGUGUGUCCUGUGAUGAAAAGAUUAACCUGCUGUGUGUGUUAAUCCUUUGCAGGGAAUUAGCACAAGAGGUUUAGGAAGGAAUCUUAAAGACUUCCCAUCUACUGUGGUUUUAUAGCCAACCCCAGUGGUUAUUACGACCCCAACACUCCCCUUUGGCUUGGAUUAUCAUGUGCAUAGCUAAAGUCUUAUAUUUUUAGAACACCCUCCAUCUGUCUUUUCCCCCCUCUCUCUCUCUCUUCUCCUCCUCCUUGGUAUCUGUCAUUGGCAGUGGGCUUGCUAUGACCAGCCUUACUGAAGCCAAGCUGCUUAUAGGACAUUCUUUAUUAUGUGUGAUGGUGUUGGUUUGUUUGGUAGAUAGUUUGGGGGGGUGGGGGAGUGUACUGUCGCUCUAUCCUUAUGGUCCUGUUUGAUACUAGCAGCUAACACUGGUCACUCCAAAGCACUGUUUCUAUAGGAACAUUGAAUCUGUUUUUUAAGAAGAGAUGUUUUAAUUAUCUUAAUUACAUAUUGACUGAUUUGAGAUAGAGGCCUUCAAAUACAUUCCAUGCCCUCCCCAGAAAAUAGUCUGUGGGAGUCAGUUGCCUUGGUGCCAGCUAUGUGUCAGAAUGUAGGUCAUGAGCUUUUCUACAUAAUGGGAAGAACACUGGUUUCCAGCAUGGCUUUCUGGCCCAAAUACCAUGAAGCUUUUAGGAAGUUCCAUUCAUAUGCUCUUUACCUUGUUAUACGUAAAUGCACAAAAUAGGGAGGAAAAUAGUGAAUGAAUUUCAGCUUAUAUGGAUAUCUCCCUUUGAACAUGAGCCAGGUUAUAUUUUCAGAAGUGAUUUUUUUCUUUGCUCUUUAGGGAAUGGGGAUAACUACCCAUGGUAGCAUAGCAUUCUGCCGAUACUUAGCACCAACCCUGCAUUGGCGCCGCCUGGCGACUUGCUUUUCUCUUGUGCCUAUGGCUUUGGGAAUGUAACCUUUCCUUCUUCCUUUCCUUCCCCUUUCUUCUCCAUCUUAGGGCCUGUGUACUCUUGAGUGACUGCAUUCCCACAGUAACUAGACCACACUGGGUAUAGUAAAUGACUUUCCCGUAGUCAGACAUGUGAAAAGCCCCGUAGCUUGUGCCAUUGCAGGUUCAUAAAGAAGACUGAGUCUGGCGUGGGGCACCUUGGUCUGCUCCGGCAGAUACUGCCCAGGGACCGCUGGAGUUCACUUAGCUCACCGCUCAGAGCCUCCUAAUGACUUCCUAGCAGGGUGUAACCGUCCUCCUUGUCAGAAGCAAGCCUGCUUUUUGAUACAUCUCCCCUCCUUACAAUCUAAAUCAUGGUUUUGCUUGAGAUCUAAACAGAAAUGACUCUUCUUACAUCUGUUUUCUCUCCCAUCUUGUCAUCUUUGGACCUAAAACUUUUUCUAACUCUUCUUUUGGCUUUCAGCUGUUCCUAGGUCUUUUGGUUUUAUCUUCUUGCCUUAGAUCCAUUUAUGUUCCCAGAGUAUUUAGUAUAGGACUUCUUAUUGACUUGCCAUGGUUACCCAGUGUCUCCUCUACAUGCAAAAAAUGACAGCCCCUACCAGGUGCAGAUCAGCCUGAAGCAGGAUGGAUGGGGCAGAGGAAAGCAACAGUGAGUAGGAAAUAGUAACCUAGUGUCUCCUUUUAAAAGCCAGUAUAGUGUUUCACUUGGGGUAACAUUCAGUUUUGCACUUUGUCUAGAUGUUGAAAGCCUAGACAAAGAACUAGAAAAGAUGGCAGCAUUUUGCAUACCUGUCCACACUGAAAUUUUUCCUUGUCUGUAGUUUGCCCAUAGUUUGAAGAUCUAGUAAGAGAACAAAGCACUGGUUCUGCAUAUCUUUUAUCUUUCAAAGUGCAUCCAAAAUCAUCUUCUUUGGAGAUAUGUCCUCACUUGCAUAGGCUAAAAAGGCAAGUUCUUCCUUUCUUUUCCUGAAUACCCGUGAGGCUUGUCAGGUCAGCGCCAAAACUAGGUGUCAGCACCCUGUGUUGAACACGUGCACCAUUGCUUGGUUUGGUUCUUAGCUUGUUGGCCGAGUAUUUGCAGGCAUUCAGGGUCUUGGACCAUUCUGUGAGGGGUUUUCUCCUUGGGUGCUCAGAGGUCCUGCCUACAUCCAUGCCUGAGAUUACCAGGCGAGCCCCAGGAAAGUUUUCGCGUGGCCCCUGUUUUGCGACUAUUUCCAAAACUUUAAUUUCUUAAGUUUUCCUUUAACUAAGGCACCACUAACCCAUUCUUCAUCCCCCAUUUGUAUGGUAGUUUUUAAUUCUUUGGCUCUGCUCUGAAUUUAACUAAAACUGCCCUUUCACAGAGGGGCUUUAUUUUGAGUUUUGCCAUUUUUGGCAAACCCAUCCCCCUUCCCCCUCUUGAUUACGAAUGGUUCCUCCUCUCUUAACUCUCCGUGGGUAAGGUAAAAACCACUUGGAUGUAUUCCUUUUUCUCAAAUGCAUUAGGCUAUUGUAUUCAACCCAGUCUCUUGCUUCCCCAUGUCUCCCUGGGUUGCUUUAAUAGCCUGCCUUGUUGCUGGGUGGCUGCUUGGCAGUACUUAAUCAGCUGCCCCUGCCGUACUCCUUCCUUAAAAGUCAAGAGUUCUCAAGGCGGAAAAAACCUGUGGGCUCAAUGAUAUACCUCCCUUUAGGUAAAUGUUAGAUGAGGCAGUUUAUCAUUUCAGCAUUUGUUGAUAUUUAUAUAAAUAGUGACAAACACCUGUGGAUGCCAUUCUCGUCCCCUCUUUCUAGCCCCACCCCAGUCUACAUGUCCUGACAUUCUUCUGUCCUUUUGCUUCUCAUACAGACUUUUAACACUAGGGCCUAGGGUGUGGGAUGGUACCAUUAGUAUCAUUUAGCUGUUUCUGGGUCUUUUAAAAAAUUAGGCGGUUGCUAUUCUUCAUACUUAAAAUGUAUUUCCUCUAUAGAAAAGUAACAUAUAUUUUAUGGUCCAAUCAGCAGUCUUACACAUGAAUUUUUGUAUAUUUGCUUGCAAAGUAGGGACCAGCUAUAUGUUCCCUUUAACAAGUAUCUAGACCUUUUUGUGUGUCAUCAGCAAUAGUCUUAAUGCAGACUAUUCUACCUCACAUCAUGAGAGGCAGAGGGGUGUAGGCCCCCUUCCCAAACUGUAAGUCAUCCUUCUUAGCUGUCAGGCUUUCUGACAUUGCAGUGACCACUGCCCAUGGAAUAAUGGUAUUCUGACCAUUGGCCUGGCUCUGACAGUGCGUUUGUUUAUUCAGCAAAUGUUCAUGAGUAAUUACCAUGAACUGGAAGUAUCAGCUCUGUGUUCUCCCCUGCUGCCACGUGGUGACUUACUGACAUUGGGAGAUUGUACUUGGGCUAUCUAGCACGUGCAUUUGGCCCUAAAAUAGCUGUUUCCAAUAAGAUUGUGCAGUUUAUGUUCACAGCUCUUUUAUCUAGACAUACAUUUCCUUAUAGAGCUGUCCUGGUUAAAAAUCAGUUCAAGAUGCUGCCAUUAACCCCUGUUGUCUUCCUAUAGCUUUGACAAUGUCAGGGAGAGUCCUCUGUGUUAAGAUAACCCACCAUUUUUAUGUGUUCCCAUAGAAUCUGUUUGGUAGGUUGGUGUGUUGGCUCAGAGUCGCACCAUGGGGCAGUUAAAUGUUUAAGUAAAACAUCUGCCUACAGCCCCCUUUCCACUCUAGUGCCUUCCUUGAUCUUUUUCCUGAGCUGCUUGUAUCCUCUAAUCCCCUUUAUUAGGAAGUUUUCCUAUCACCAUCUCCUGUUCUAUUUGGAACUUGUUUUCCAAUCUUUCAACAACCUUUGCAGCUAAUCCUAUGUCUUAGAAGGGCUGGACACCUGUCUCUGGGUCCUGAUCUUCAACUAGUUGUUUGGUCUCCAAGAGCCAGGCAGUAAAAUAGAUUGACCUCAGUCAGCUCUCAAAAAUGUCAACGUGGGAGUUCCUUUUAUGGCUCAGAGGGUUACAAACCUGACUAGUAUUCACGAGGAUGCAGGUUCAAUCCCUGGCCUCACUCUGUGGGUUAAGGAUCCAGUGUUGGUGUGAGCUGUGG